AUGGAGGCUAAGUCGGUGGAGAAAAUGAGGCUGGUGGGGAUGAGUUACGGUGGGUUCGUGGCGUACAGCAUGGCGCUGCAGUUUGAAGAUUGUGUGGAGAAGGUGGUGAUAAUAUGCUCCCCGGCGUGUUUGGAGGAGAAGGAUAUUAGAGAUGGGAUGUUUCCGGUGAAUAACGUGGACGACGCCGCCACCAUUCUGCUGCCGCAUACGCCGGAGGCUUUCAGGAAAUUGAUGCGUUAUACUUUUGUUAAGCCACCUAAAGCACUGCCUUCGUGCUUGGAUAACGACUUCAUUCAACUUGCCAAAGGUGGUCCAUCAGCUAUAGACUUAACGUAUUAA